AUGGAUCCCAACAUUACGGGGUCUUUCCUGUUCAACAACAGCCUGAAUCAGUACCCCACAGAUAUGAAGGCGCCCGUGUGCCAAUACUCAGUGCAAAACUCCUUUUACAAGCUUGGCCCAGGCCUCAACAACCAGCUGCCGUCCGGCACACCCCACGGCAUCAGCGACAUCCUCAGCCGCUCUGUCAUCGGCGCCCCCAGCAGCACCCUGCUUUCGAGCUACCCUCCCGUGGGGGGCUUUGGGACCGUUGCAGCCCCUGGCGUCUACUACAAUCGGGACUACAACUCUCCACUGGGGAGCUUCUCCAAGCCUACUGCUGAGUGUCCGGUGAAGGGCCGCAGCAGCGGCACCUGGGCCGAACCUGGGUACGAGUGGAGAGGAGGGAGACAGCAGUGCAGCAGCAGUGACGGGCACCUUGGUGAUGUGGCUGGCAGGAAGAAACACACGAGGCCCACCUUCAGCGGGCACCAGAUCUUCGCUCUGGAGAAGACAUUUGAGCAGACCAAGUACCUGGCCGGACCAGAGAGGGCAAGGCUAGCGUACUCGCUGGGCAUGACGGAGUCCCAGGUCAAGGUGUGGUUCCAGAACCGGAGGACCAAGUGGCGGAAGAAGAGCGCAUCGGAGCCCAGCUCCACGCAGGCGGCGCGAGGGGAACAGGGCGGCAACGCAUCAGAGAACGAGGUCGAGGACGAAGAGUACAACAAGCCCCUGGACCCCGACUCGGAUGAUGAGAAAAUUCGGCUGCUGCUGCGCAAACACCGCCGAGCGUUCUCUGUGCUCCGACUCGGCCCACACCAGGUGUGACAUACACUCUUACGCACCGUAAAUCAUUUGUUUUCUUAUCAUUGUGACAAUUUAACA